AUGGACCCUUCUGCAGGACAAGUGAAUAAAAGGAAGCGUGAAUCUUCCGAUCAGAUGGGCAACCCAGUUGGCGUGCAAGAGGGCUCCGAACAAGCGAUAGACUCUUCGAAGCGAGCGUCACCGGGCGAGACAAAGACCACUUCGAUCAACGCAGCCUGCUCACUGACCAGUCAUAUGAUGCAGAUCCUGCAGCACGAUACAUGUACCUCUUUCUUAUCAUCGUCCGCUGUCGAGCUGUUGGACCUCUAUCUGUGUUUGUGGGACUGCUACACGAUCAAGUCGGCCAGCAAAAUACGCCUGGAAGAGGAACGUCGCUUCCUGCAAAGCUCACAGGAAUGGCUGGUGGCGGAGAAAGAAAGGCUCCAGCAGUGCUGCAAUCACCAAGAGCUGCUGCUGUGGGAUCGUCGUCAGGUCUUCUUCUCUGUACAACAGGGCGUUAUCGGAACAUUGCAGAAUAGUGAGAGACAGUCGUUUCAGCUUGAUCAAAUUGGUCAAUUUAUAUUUCUUCAGUACUCCACGUCGGCGCUGAUGAUCUUUCUAGACUACGAUUUGGAUCUUGAUCUGGAGUCAAUCUGGAGAGAAUUCCCCAAUAUGCCGACACCGCCACCUUGCCUUGCCGAAAGUCGCAGCACCGUCUCCUCAGAUUCAUCGCUCGACAGAUGGCCGGAGCCUGCUCAACAUGGGGCCGAGAAGACUUCUGCCAUCGAAUAUGUUUUCUAUCCCAGCUACGAAAACUUCCCAGCCUUCAGCUGGAUGGGGCCAGAUCCAUUAUCGCCAGACACCUGCGGCGAUGAUAUUUUCCUUUAUGUAUCCGCAUUCUUGCUUUUGGAUCGGGUAGACUGGAUCGAAAUCCGGCUCAGUAAGCUCAAUAUAGAGACUGAAGAGGCUGUUGAGGAGUAUCCAUUCUUCCUUCCACGAGUCGAGUCAAUGCUGAGCAACUUAUGGAGGAUACGUGAUCAAGUAAAUGGCAUCCUCUCGCAGAAUUCUACCACGCAAAGUAUGAAGAGCGCUGGACGAUCAUUAUUCCAAUUAGCUAUAUGGCCCAGGGUGGAGUUCAAUGCUACCAUCUCGAGUUCGGUUCCGUUGUCUCGCAUUCACCCCUCCAUUUCUACGCCACUUCUUGAUCCACAGGUCUUUGUGCAGAACAUAGUGGGAAGCUGGGAACUCUGA